UUAUAGAUAUACUACGAUUCAUUUACUUAUGACUGGAUUGUGGCCGUACAAACAUACAAAAUUCACCAGAGUGCAUAGGAUCAUUUGCGCCAGUGGUUUUUUCAAUAAUUGUAUUUUGCGGGUAUGGACACUAUAUAAUUUUCGCUAUAUAAAUCUCGCUGCGGUUACCUCGUAAUCGCAUUAAACCUUGAAAAUUAGAUACACUUUCUAAUUUGCAUUUGUUUCCAGCUGCUAAUCUAUAUUAAUACCAGUUUUACUUCCUCAUUGUUUUCGCAUAAUCUGCUUGACGUAGUCAUAUCGUUGAAUUUUUGUUCGUUAUAUAGUACGUUAUGGCACAAGCAAGAUAUCGUAAGUUUCUAAAUCUUAAUUAAACUCUUCUGAAUAUGAUAGCGUAUAUAAAUGCCAUAAUUGUCACUUGUAACCUUUCGAGAAAUACUUGAAUAUUAGAUGUGUAUAAAAGAAACAUCAUUUUUCUCAAGUAUUUCGAAAUAUUUUCCGAUAUUAUACUAUAAACAUAUGUUGAAUAAAUAGGAUUAAAAAAUAAUUUUUUAAUUCUGUCUUUAAUAAAUUAAUCCUCGAAGAGAUUAACACUAGGUUUACGGACGUUUCGUAUAUACCUAUCUCUGCGAGCAAAUUGACGGGUAAACGAAAAUACGCAUUUUUCUUUAAAAAUCGAUUUAUUCAAAUUAAAUCUGAAAGGAACAAUAUUAAGCUUCACGUUUAAAUAAAUUAUUAAUAAAUAAAAAGUCUUUUUUUAAAUUAUCACUAAAAAAAUAACAAUAACAUUAACACUAGGUUUACGGGACCCGCCAAUUUGACGGAUUUCGAACUUCGAAAUGAAAUAUCUCAAAAACCAUAGCAUUAAUUUUAACCAUUUUGUAUCGUAAAUUAAUCAUUUCAUCUAAAGAAUUUAUACACAAAAUUAUUUUUUCCUAGGCUUUUCUAAUUUUUGAAAUCUGUAUGUAGUAUACCUAUCUCUACGAGACCCGUCAAAUUGACGGGUUAGCUGAUUUCAGAAAUAAAUCUUAUAUGUUUGCUUCGUUCGUAAAGUCAUUCCUUCAAUAAUAAAUAUAACAAUGAAAGAAAAGUCUUUACUAAGAUGUCUCCAAUUUGGCAUCUCUCAGUCGCGAUUGAUGUCGAUCUCGAUAACGUAACUUAAAGCGGAUUGUAUGGCCUGAGUGUUUAUUUUCGUCUUCAACGAAAUCGCUUAUGCCUAUGCCGACGAAAUCCCUAAAGCAAGAGACAAACAGACAAAUUUACGCUGAUAAAUAUGGAACAGAUUUAUAAGUAAUAGCCAGGCUUGUUAUAAGGCAUAUGAAAAUAUUUCAAUAGAUGAACAAUUAUCUCUAACGAAAGCCCGGUGCAGAUUUACACAAUAUAUGCCGAAUAAGCCCCAUAAAUUUGGCAUUAAGUUUUGGUUAGCAGUUGACGUCUAAACAAAAUAUAUUUUGAAUGGUUUCCCUUAUAUGGGGAAAGAUGAAACUCGAUGCUCAAUACCGUUAGGCGAGUUUUUAACACUAAAAUUAGCCGAACCAUAUUUACAACGAGGCAGAAAUAUAACGACAGACAAUUUCUUUACAAGCAUCCCGCUAGCUAAAAAAUUGCUUGCACAAAAAACAUCUUUGGUUGGGACCAUCCGGUCGAAUGAAAGAGAACUGCCAAAACCAGCGAAGGAAAAAAAGGACAAGAUGACUUUGUUUUCCUCAGAUUUAUAUAAAUCAGAAAACUGCACACUUACUGUGUAUGAAAGUAAACCUAAAAAACCAUUGCUUUUUACAAUAAAACAAAGUUUGGUGUGGACGUCGUUGACCAAAUGGCACGCAAAUAUAGUGUGAAAGCAGGAAGUUUCCGAUGGCCCCUUCAAGUCUUUUUCAAUAUUUUGGAUUUGGCAGCGAUAAACGCGUGGAUAUUAUAUAAAGAGUGCACCUGAUCGAAAAUAUCCAGAAAGGAAUUCAUAUUUUGUUUAGACAAGGAAUUAGCUGGAGGAAACAAGGAGAACAUUUGCCAAAGAUCAGACGCUUCAUUUCUGUCACCUUCAACGUCGGAAGUGCAAAAAAGUUGCCAAGUGGGUUAUUGCAAAAAAAAUAGAAGUAAUAAUUAUUGUAUAUAUUGCAAAAAGAUCGUAUGCGGAAAAUGCACAAACAACAUUCAGUAUAUUUGUAAAAAAGGUGCUCAAUAGAUAUGAUUACCCUGUAUCGUUAAUGUUAUUGUUAUUUUUUUAGUGAUAAUUUAAAAAAAAGACUUUUUAUUUAUUAAAAAUUUAUUUAAACGUGAAGCCUAAUAUUGCUCCUUUCAUACUUAAUUUGAAUAAAUCGAUUUUUUAAAGAAAAAUGCGUAUUUCCGUUUACCCGUCAAUUUGACGGGUCCCGUAGAGAUAGGUAUACUACAUACAGAUUUCAAAAAUUAGGAAGCCUAAGAAAAAAUAAUUUUGUGUAUAAAUUCUUUAGAUGAUAUGAUUAAUUUACGAUGCAAAAUGGUUAAGAUUGGUGCUAUGGUUUUUGAGAUAUUUCAUUUCGAAGGUCGAAGUCCGUCAAAUUGACGGGUCCCGUAAACCUAGUGUUAACUAUGAAUAUCAUACUAGCUUUGGUGUCACCUAACUUUAAUUAUCUACAAG